AAAGGUUACUUAUAAAUAGGGUAGUGGUGUAGGCUAAGUUUGUCAUGUAAGAAGUUUGUGAUCUUAGUGAGUAAGUGAGGAAGCAUUGAGAGUUGGUGGAAAUUAAGGUUAAGAAUCAAACUGAUCAAGGAGUAUUCAGGAUAUCAUGGACGAGAAUGGAAGCUCAAGCAAUGCACCAAAGAACAAGAGAAACCUUCCUGUCUCCGUUUUCUUCAAAGAUGCAAGACAUGUUUUCAAGAUGGAUUCCAUUGCUAAGGAGAUACUUGGGAUUGCAUUCCCAUCUGCACUGGCUGUUGCUGCUGACCCAAUUGCUUCUCUUAUAGACACAGCAUUCAUAGGCCAUUUGGGGCCCGUGGAGCUUGCUGCUGCAGGAGUGUCCAUUGCUUUGUUCAACCAAGCUUCAAGGAUUACCAUCUUCCCUUUGGUUAGCAUCACAACUUCCUUCGUAGCUGAGGAAAAUACCAUUGAAAAAAUCAAUACAGAAAAGAAGUUAAGUGAUAAGGCUAAGUCCAAAGAACAAGUAAUGCUCGAUGAUCAUUCCCUUCAAGACAUAGAGAAAGUUGCAUCCAAAGAGAACAAUGAGACUGAGAAUGUGGAAAUGAAUGAUUGCAAUACAAGUAUAUGCAAGUCUACCUCUGAUACUAGUAGUAGUAGCAGUAACAAGAGUGUGCCAAAAGAUGGAAGGAAGAAGCGACACGUUGCUUCAGCAUCCACAGCAUUACUUUUUGGCACAAUCCUUGGUCUCCUUCAAGCAACAACCCUUAUAUUUGCUGCAAAACCUCUAUUAGCUGCAAUGGGUCUAAAACCUGAUUCUCCUAUGCUAAACCCUGCUAUUAAAUACUUGAGAUUGAGAUCAUUAGGUGCUCCAGCAGUGCUUUUGUCCUUGGCCAUGCAAGGAAUCUUUCGAGGAUUCAAGGACACUACAACUCCUUUAUAUGUUAUUCUUUCGGGGUAUGCAUUGAAUGUCAUUUUGGAUCCCGUGCUUAUCUUCUACUGCAAAUUGGGCAUCAAAGGUGCAGCCAUUUCACAUGUUCUCUCUCAGUACUUGAUGGCAUUGGCCCUCAUGGUGAUAUUAACUAGAAAAGUGGAUCUUGUACCUCCAAGCAUUAAAGACUUGCAGAUUUUUAGGUUUCUUAAAAAUGGAGGUCUGUUGUUGGCAAGAGUAAUAGCUGUUACAUUCUGCCAGACCUUGGCAGCCUCAUUGGCAGCAAGGUUUGGUCCAAUUCCUAUGGCUGCAUUCCAAACCUGCUUGCAAGUGUGGCUCACAUCUUCCCUUCUUGCUGAUGGAUUGGCUGUUGCUGUACAGGCAAUUCUAGCUUGUUCCUUUGCUGAGAAAGACUAUGAAAAGGUGCUUGUUGCAGCAACACGAACUCUCCAGAUGAGUUUUGUUUUAGGAGUUGGAUUGUCUUUUGCAGUUGGAUUUGGAUUGUACUUUGGAGCUGGAAUCUUCUCCAAAAGUGUUCUUGUUGUGCACUUAAUCAGAAUAGGCCUCCCGUUUGUUGCUGCCACACAACCAAUCAAUUCAUUAGCCUUUGUCUUUGAUGGUGUGAACUAUGGGGCAUCUGAUUUUGCAUAUUCUGCAUACUCCUUGGUCACCGUGUCAUUGGCAAGUGUUGCUUCAUUGUUUCUUCUCUCUAAGAGCAAAGGUUUCGUUGGGAUAUGGAUUGCACUAACCAUCUACAUGAGUCUUCGCAUGUUUGCCGGUGUGUGGAGGAUGGGAACAGGUACGGGACCAUGGCGUUUUCUCAGAGGCCGCUCAAUGUCUUGAUGAUGAGAUGACAUCUAACAAAAGAAAUUUCAUUGUUGAGCAGAAAAUGUUUUGUAUCACUUUUCACCAUUUAGGACCAGUUGUCUUUAUUCAAAACAUGAUUUAUGCACUAUACAACUAUGGUGAUAGUCUUAUUAUAUAUUAUAUUGGACGGGUUCAUUUUACACUUGCAAGUGUUAUAUUCAAAGUAUCUUUCUUUUUUUUUGGCCUAUGUUUACUGUAUGGUCUCUGUUUAAUGAUGUAUCCUCUGCUUAUUGUAAUAUUUUGUCGUAUUUAGAAGAUUAUUCUUCGUACUGUUAGUAGUAUGUAAACUCUGAGUGCAUGUAUACAAAUGAGAAAAAUAAAUUACUUUUUUCAGUCA